UCGGAUGUGGCAGGAGAACUGCAGACGGAUGCAUAACUUAGCGCACUGGAUUUCUGGGGCCGUGAUGGGAGGCUGUGUGGGGAGGAGGAGCAGGACGGAGGGACCAGGGAGUGCCCGGAGCUCCACCAGGAGCAAGAAACGUGGAGGACGUAACGAGCCCCUCAAGAAGGAGCAUCCGAAAUGGAAGAGUGAAUACCCAAUGACGGAGGGCCAGCUGAGGAGUAAGAGGGACGAGUUUUGGGACACGGCUCCGGCCUUCGAUGGACGGAAAGAGAUCUGGGACGCACUCAGAGCUGCAGCUCUGGCUGCCGAGUGCAAUGACCUGGAGCUAGCACAGGCCAUCGUGGACGGAGCCUGCAUUACUGUGCCUCACGGCUCCCUGACAGAGAGCUACGAUGAACUGGGAAACCGCUACCAGCUCCCGGCGUACACUUUAGCUCCGCCUGUCAACCUCAUCUCUGAAACGUCCAGCCCGAGCAAAACCUCUGAUUCUGCCCAUAAACAGGCCCCGCCCCCUCCGUGCAGACAAGAGUUCCAGCUGCGGGUGCGGUUGUCAACAGGGAUCGAUGUGCGUCUGACAGCCAGCAUGGCGGACUCCAUCGCCGAGCUGAAGAAACAGCUGGAGGAGCAGGAAGAGAUCGAAGUGAUUCGCCAGAGGUGGUUCUUCUCCGGGAAGCUCCUGACCGACAAGACUCGACUUCAGGACACCAAGAUCCAGAAGGACUUUGUCGUCCAAGUGAUUGUGAACGUGAACCCUUCAGUCUUACCCAACUGA